UCAGAGUACUCGUACUAGUGGUAGCGUGUUAGUGUAGUGACCAGAGUGCUUAAUACCUUGUGUGUAUAUAUAUAUAUAUCUAUACACAGACACACACUACCUACGUAUAUACCUGGUUGGGCUACACUUAGUUUCUUCAUCAUCAUCGUGGUCGUCUAAUAUUUUUUUGUUGAGUCCCUCCUUUGAAGCUUUGGAUAAAGUGCGCGCGUGUGCUUUUCGUUCAUACAUACCGCACUAUGAAGACAAUAACUCAGAUAUCUCUGUGUUUUCUACUCGGAAUCACGACUGCUUUUCCCAGCGGAGAAAAUCCUUUGGAAACUCCAAUACACACCAAUACAAUACACCGAUUUAUACCAGCCGUUGAAGCAAAGUCAACCGACGAAGCAAGAUCACUGAAAAAAGUAUUUCUCUCCAAUAGGAGCGUCACUUGCAACGAUGGAUCGCAAGCUGGCUUCUAUUUGCGCAAAUCACACACGAGCAAAAGAUGGAUUAUUUUUUUAGAAGGAGGAUGGUAUUGCUACGAUCAUCAGAGUUGUCAAAAUAGGUGGCUACGACAAAGACAUUACAUGACGUCCGCUCAAUGGCCUGAAACUAGAGACGUUGGAGGAAUUUUAUCACCGAACGAAGACGAGAAUCCCUACUGGUGGAACGCGAAUCACGUUUUUAUACCCUAUUGCACCAGCGAUUCCUGGAGCGGAUCUAAAGCAACACGCGAUGGCAUGUUUAAUUUCAUGGGAGCUUCCGUUGUGCAACAAGUCGUUCGCGAUUUAGUGCUUUUGGGAUUAGAAAAUAGCACGGAUUUACUUCUGGCUGGAAGCAGCGCCGGAGGAACGGGAGUUAUGAUCAAUUUGGAUCCUGUGCAGGAAUUGCUGCAUGACAUGUUGGAUUUGAAGCAUAUUUCCGUUCGAGGUGUAACCGAUUCAGGGUGGUUUUUGGAUAGAGCUCCGUAUGCGCCGACCGGGAAGCCUGCUGUAGAAGCCAUCCGUAAAGGAAUGCAAAUGUGGCAAGGAAAGGUUCCGAGACGCUGUCGACAGUUGUACCAAAGCGAGCCGUGGCGUUGCUACUUCGGUUACAGGCUCUACCCGACAUUGAAGUCUCCUUUAUUUGUUUUCCAAUGGUUAUUCGACGAGGCUCAAAUGUAUGCUGAUAACGUCGGAGCUCCAGUUACUAAGCAACAAUGGGAUUACAUUCAUAAAAUGGGAGACGCUUUACGGCAAAGCUUCGAAAAUGUAACCGCAGUCUUUGCACCAUCAUGCAUAUCUCACUCGAUCCUAACCAAGAGAGAUUGGCAGAAUGUUAAGAUCGAUGAAGUUUCAAUCGCCGAAGCUCUUCACUGUUGGGAACAACAACCUAUCAAGUACGCAGGUAGAAAGUUGAGGAAUUCAUUGUUACUCACUGAUCAACCAUCAAUAGUUAAUCAACAAAUAAGACGACUUCUUAAAACGGAUCAUUCCACUCUUGAAGAAAAGAAUUCCACUAACGAUAACGGAGAGAAAGGUUUAAACAGGAAGAAGCGAAGAAAGAGCAGGAAGAACCAACAGAAUACAAACAAUCCCAAGAAAAACAAGAAUCGGAAACGUAAAGGGCAUAGAUUACAUCACGGAGAACACAGAAAUCGAAGCAACAGGAUGAAGCACCAAUCAAAUUCCAUAAAACCCACCGAACAUCCGAGAUCUCAGAGGUCCGUAUUACGAACGCAGAAACGAUCCCAUCAGGAUUGUAGUCACAGGAGAUUAGAGAGAUGUUCGUGGCCUCAUUGUAACCACUCGUGUCCGAAACUCCACAAUCCUUUCACUGGUGAUGAAAUGGACAUUAUAGAACUCCUAAAAUCUUUCGGAUUGGAUAUGGAGAGCGUGGCAAAUGCUCUUGGUAUAGACAUGACUACACUGAAUAAUAUGGACCAAGGGGAACUAUUGAAUCUCUUAACGCAGCAAACGAAUUAACAAACGAUACGAAACGAUAUCAAAACGUAAGCGAAAAUUAAAAAAAGAAUAACAUAAGAGAAUUCCUUCAAAAGUGAUUCCCAGUGAUAUAAGUUAAUUAAUCUCAGUAACAACAUAAUUUAUUGCGCAAUUAUUUUAUAGAA